UCUUUAUAUUUUAAAAUUCUGACCCCUCCUUUCCUUUGACUUUAUCUUCCACAGUAUUUUUUUAAUUUUAUUUUUUUAAUUGAAGUGUAGUUAAUUUACAAUGUUGUGUUAGUUUCAGGUGUACAGCAAAGUUAUUCAGUUAUAUGUAUAUAUGUAUAUUCUUUUUCAUAUUCUUUUCCAUGAUGGUUUGUCACAGGAUAUUGAAUAUAGUUCCCUGUGCUCUACAGUAGGACCUUGUUGUUUAUCCCAUUCUAUAUAUAAUAGUUUACAUCUUCUGACCCCAAACACCCAGUUUUUCCUUCCUCCACCCCCUGCCCCUUGGCAACCACAAAUAUCUAUGUUCUCUAUGUCUUCUUCCACAGGAUUUUCGUUUUGAGUAUACAUAAAAGGUAUCAGGGUGAGAAAUUUAAUCUAUGUGGUCAUCUGGUCAACUAAUUCACCCCAUGGUGUUUAUUACAUGCCUCCUGAGGUCUCGGUUCUUGGCACCCAGGACACAAGCAAACCAGACACACUGUCUCCAGGCUCAUAGAAUUCACUGUGGCUGAGAGGUGAUACGAAAAUAAAUAGAAUAAGCAAGGGGAUUUCAGAUAAGGUUAGAUAUAUUCAGGAAGAAAAUAACACAUAACGGUGUCUGGGCGACAACUGAGAAUGGGGCAGAAUGAUUCCUUAGACACUGCUUCUUGUUGAGUGAGAGUUUAUUAGAUACUUAUUGUGUGAAGCAUUUGAAAUGCAGAGAAAGAGUAAAACAUACUACCUGUUCUCCACAGCAGUAGCAACAAGACGGGACAUGGAAUUUCAAGCAGGUCGACUUGUGACCUGCCUGGGUUACCAGGGAAAUCUUCCCUGGGACAACAUUGACAUGAAAAUGCUAAUGGCACAAAAAGCCUAUCGACCUUGAGUGCUGAGAGUGAAUAUGGCCCCUGCCGGCUUAGAUGGUGGGAAGAGCUUGGUUGGAUAGCCUUACCCCUUUGCAAGACCUCUGCUCCCUGGAUUAGACCUUAAGCCUGUGUUUGUUGAUUGCACAAGUACUCUGGAUCGGCUUCUCCCAGAGGCAUUUAAAACAUGCCAAACUGGUGUUGCAUAAAAAACAAGCCUAUGCAUUCAGCAAAUAUAACUCGGCGAGCAGAGACGCGUCUCUCACUCACCCGGAGGGGAGCCCAGGUCCUGCUGCCGCCAGUGGAACACAGGCGAUGGACAUUGAGAAGGUCAACUCCAUGGACUUUGGAGAAUUUGUGGAUGUGUUUGGGAGUGUCAUCGAGAGAUGUCCUCUGAUUGCCCCCGCCGUGUUCUCCCAGCGCCCGUUCUCUGACUUGGAAGAUUUAGAGCAGCACUUUUUUGUCUUUACUGAUGCUCUUCCACAGUCGGGCCAGGAGGGCGUCCUGCGCUGCCACCCGGACCUGGCGGGCCGCGAGCUGCAGCGGGGCGAGCUCAGCGCCGAGUCGCAGCGGGAGCAGAGCGCCGCGGGCCUCACGAGCCUGGGCGCGGCCGAGCGGCUCUGGCUGGCCGAGCUCAACGCGCAGUACCGCGCGCGCUGCGGCUUCCCCUUUGCGCUCGCCGCGCGCCUCAGCAACCGGGCGGCGGUGCCCCGCGAGCGGGCGCGCCGGCUGCACUGCCCACCCGCGCAGGAGCUGAACACCCCACUGGGCGAGGUGAAGAAGAUGGGCCGCCGGCGUCUCGCCGACCUCCUCGGGAGCCAAGCCGCCGAGUCGUAGCGGCCGCGCCAGCCAGCGACCCGGGACGCACGUCGUGACGCGCGAGGGCCGCGGGCGCGCGCGCUGCGCUUGGAACAGCGUCCACACCCGCGCACAAAGGCCGGGGAGAACCGAGGCAGUCUUACGAAUAAUAAGCCCUUUGGUCCAGCUACCCGCAUGCUCACGCUUUGCCGAAAUAGAUAGUUGCGUGCUUUUCGGCCCCCGCUCCCCGCGCCGCUCCCGAUUUAUCCAGCUCCCUGCUCCAAUUCUUCACUCCCUUAGCGGCCCGCUGACACCAGCUUUUGCGGAUUCCAGGGCGCUAAUCGAGCUCUCUCUGGCUCCCCACCCUCUCCUGCAAACCCCAGGCGCAAAGCAAAACAGACGGAAAAGGAAGCUUUUAUUCCUCAGCGGUUUGUCUGUUUCUUUUUUCUUCUCCCACCUUAGUUGCUGCACGCGACAUUUACAUGUGAGUGGAAGCGCCUCUCUGGCUCUGGGACACGAACGGGAGCCAGAGCUGGGACAGCAAAGCGCCGGGGAAGCAGCGUGCGGGGGGACGGCGGGCAGGAGAGAGCCCCGCAGGGGCCGGUAUUGCGGAGGCGCCCCGUGGAGCAGAGAAGGCUGGGAGCGGGGGCUCUCUAGGAUGGACGGGCCUGAAGUUCAGGGCCAGCGGCCUCCCGUCUCUCCCGGGGGGUGGGCCCAGGAGAGCUGGUUUGUCAGAGUCCUUGGAAACCAUAAGUCAUUAAACAUAAUUUUUAAAAUAA